AUGAUGAUCAGUUUAAGGUUCUAUUUUUUGGUUUUGUAUGCAAGCAUUACUAUCCCAACCCAAUGCCUUGGUGAUAUCUGUCUGCCAAAGAACCAUGUUGCCUUGUUCAUUUUUGGGGAUUCAGUAGUUGAUGCUGGAAACAAUAACUAUAUCAAUACCACUACUGAUUUCCAGGUAAACUUUUCACCUUAUGGGGAAAGCUUCUUCAGGUACCCAACUGGGAGACCUUCAAAUGGCCGUCUAAUUCCAGAUUUCAUUGCUGAGUAUGCAAAAUUGCAGCUAAUUCCACCAUAUCUACAUCCUGGUUAUGAGCGGUAUAUUGAUGGGGCUAACUUUGCUUCAAUUGGAGCUGGUGCUCUUGAUGAAACUCGUCGAGGAUUGGUGAUAAGCUUGAACGCUCAACUCAAUUAUUUCAACAACUUGGAAAAUCUAUUGAGGCAAGAACUAGGUGAAAAGGAAGCAAAGGUCUUACUAGACAGAGCUGUUUACUUUUUUAGCAUUGGAAGCAACGAUUAUUUUGUAACCAUCAACUCAAACACCAGCUUGCUACAAUCCUACUCUAAAGAAGAAUAUGUGAAUUUGGUGAUUGGCAACUUGACAAAUGUGAUCAAAGAAAUAUAUAAGAAAGGAGGAAGAAAAUUUGUGUUCCUUGGCUUGGGACCAUGGGGUUGUUCCCCGCUUUUUAAAGCACUAGUAAAACCAGGAAACACAGGUGCAUGCUUAGAAGAACUUACGACACUAGUAAAACUACACAAUAAAGCACUUUCUCAAGUCCUUCCGAAGCUGGAGAGCGAGCUCAAAGGACUCAAAUAUUCAACAGCUGAUUUCUACACUUUUCUAAGUGAAAGAAUAAACAACCCUUCGAAAUAUGGCUUCACUGAAGGAAAGAUUGCAUGCUGUGGAACUGGUCCAUAUAGGGGAACUCCGAGUUGUGGAGGAAAAAGAUCUGUGAAAGAGUACGAAUUAUGUGAGAACGUUAAUGAUUAUGUGUAUUUUGACUCUGGUCAUCCUUCCGAAAAGGCCUACCAGCAAUUUGCAGAGCUAAUUUGGAGUGGAGCUCCCAAUGUCUCAGGACCUUACAAUCUCAAAACAUUGUUUGAACACUAA